GGAGGGCCGUUGUUUUCCGUGUCUCGCGCACACAGUGUCCUGGUGGCCGGCAACAGCGGAGCUCUUCCUCAACAUCGCAGCGGCGUGGCGAGGCAGCAACAACAGCGAUGGCAGGGAUGGCUGGGAUGGACAACUUAUCGUACGACAUGCUGCUCUCUACCUUUUCCUUCCUGCCGGUCCCAGACUUGGCCAAGUACGCUGCAGUGUCCAGCCAGUGGCACGGAAUUGUGACGGGCUACACACACCUGUGGAAGGGCAAGACGUACACCACCUGCAGAAGACCGAGCGAAUCUGCAGAGACUCGUGCCGUCCUGCGCAUCCUGCCACCGCUGCAGCACCUGAUCAUCGAGCUGGCUGACCAGUUUGCAAUCCAGUUUGACUACCCACAAAUGACGCUGUCACUGACUGACACAAGAGGCUUAGAGGAGUUUCCGAAAUUGACUUGCGACUUUUUGUUGGCGAGAGGAGACAUCGUGAGCAACAUCCUGUCCUCUCAGUCGUCUGUAGACUUAGCGGCGCUACGGAACCUGCAGAUCCUCAGAUUGCCGCCAGUCAACGUAGCGGACCCUCCUGUCUUCAGACCUGAGCCCGUGGUCAGGUCUGCUCUGCAGCAGUGCCCGAAUCUCACAGGGCUGUUCAUCUGUGCAGACCACCUGUCGGCGGACUACCUCGACACACUGGAGGGACUCGACCGGCUGCACACUCUUGAAAUUGUGUGCCCCAGACUGGAUAAACUGGCGUUCUUGCGGCAUUGCUCAAAUUCGCUGGAGGUGCUGCAUCUCUGUUGCAUUGGCGUGCCGCAACAGGAGUACACGGAGCUGCGGCGACUGGCGAACCUGCGGAGGCUGCGGCUACACGAGUGCCAGGUGGCGGAGGGCGAGCUGCGGCUGGCGCUGGAGGCCCUGGGCUCGCUGGAGGCGCUCCAGCUGGACCGCUGCUGCCUGGUCCGCGACCUGUCCCUGCUGUGGCGCUGCGCCCGCCUGCGCCAGCUGCGCCUCACGCUGCCGCCCGUCGCGGGCGCCCCUCUGGUGCUGAGGGACCCUCGCCUGCAGGGGCUGCAGCUCAACCCGCGCGUGCGCAUGUCGGUGGACGCCGACCAGGUGUCGCUGCGCCUGCGCACCAUCAGCGUGUACGCGGACGGGCUGCCGGAUGCGCUGCAGCUGCUGCAGGCCCUGGGCGUCGACGCCGGCAGCCUGGGCCAGCUGGCCACCCUGCCGCGCUGCCCGCAGCUCAGCCACCUCUGCCUCAACCUCCUGGUCGGUAGCGGCGGGCCCCAACACUCGGUCGUGUGGGUCCAUAUAAAGUUGACGAGUUCUACGUAA